AUGGCUGAGAGCAAAGAAAAGGAUAUACCAGCACAGAAUCCCAUCACCGGGGACACUGGGCCUGGAACCGCCAUUACGGACCUCCUGCCUAUUCCAGCAGAUACUCAGCCCGUCAGCAACCCCGACAAGACAGAAGCAUCAAACACUCUAACCGAGGGUCCAUCUCUAUCCCACGAACUGGCAACAACUGACCCUGAAGAGAAAGGCCUUGCACAGCAAGCCCACGAGGAUGAGGUGCUCGACUUGGGAUGGAGUCAGAAGAAACAGGAGAUUUCCCAGCCUUUGGUCGGCGGCAUGGACAACGAAGAGCUGUGGCUGCUCAUCAGGCGCUUCGACAAGCAAAUGUACCAUGUCAAGUCUGUCCCCAAUCCCGUCCCAGGCGGCCUCGACCUGAACAUCGCCGAUGACGAGGAGUUUUCUCCCGAUAAGCUGCGCGCAAACCUCGAGAGGCUGUACAUGACAGUCAUCAUACAGUCACUGGCUGCUGUCAAGCAUGUUGCCCGGAUUAGGUCCUGGAGGGAGAGGAGACGGACCGUGUGCUUUGCAACUGCCUACUUUGCUGCCUGGCUCCUCGAUCUCAUCGUCCCGCUAUUGUCAUUAACCAUGAUUGUACUCAUUGCGUAUCCGCCUUCUCGACAAAUUAUGUUCCCACCUGCACCGUUAGCGCUUGUUGAUGGGAAAUCAGGAGGUGUACAGAAACCCAAAGCGGGUGUGCUGGGAAGCCACGACAGCGCAACGGGAGCACCGGAGAAGCACAAGGGCGAGGCAGUCGAGCAGGAGGCAAGCAACUUCGUCAGUGGCAUAGCAUCUGUGGCCCUGAGCAGUGCAACUGGCAAACAUCCGGGGGACACGGUUGACGAUGAAGGGCCUGGCGACUCAGUCCCUGACCCAUCAGCAAUCGCAGCCAGUACCGCGGAGGCAAGGAAUGUGGCCGCAGGAACGAAGCAAGAGGCCGGGUCUAAGCAUGACAAGACCAAAGUGCCCGUGGAAACGGCCAUGUGGACCAAGAUGAGGCCUAUUAUGCAUGCCCUGGCCGAUGUAGCUGACACUUGGGAGCGAUUUGGCAACGCUUUGAGUCCUACAGCUCCAUUCCCCCGGAAUGCAUAUCGGCUUCGUCUGGCACUUGUUGUCACUCCACUGUUGCUCGUUUCGUCCUUUGUCAGCUCGUACAUGUUCACCAAGGGCAUGACCUUCGCUAUCGGAUUCGGUUUCUUCGGUGACCCUGUCAUUGCGCGAGGGCUGGAACUCCUCGACCGCAGGUUCCCCAACUGGCAGAAGCUCCUCGAGCUGCGCAACACUGUCCUCAAGGGUGUCCCGACCAACGCACAACUCACCAUCACACUCUUGCGAAUUGGCGAGGCGAACAAGGCUCCUCUCCCACCGCCUCGAACCGUGACCGAGGCAACCCCUGAGCAUCCCGUCGCGGUCACGUCCGAGGACUUGCAAGCCACAGACGGUGAUGCUCCACUCGGGGCGACUCAGUCUGAGAUCAACGAUGCCAUGCGGAAAGACCCAGCUACGGCACAGGAGACAGACGGUAAAGACAUUGAUGACUCCAAAUCCAGCAAGCACGGUGGCAAAGGGAGCAGACUCCUUAAUUUUUUCAAGGGCACAACCAAAGGCGCAGUCAAAACUGCCAUUGGCACAGAUACGAUCAAGGCCAAGGCAGGGUCUGGCAAAGCGAAAGACCGUCUGGGCGUAAUACCACGUCAUCAGCACAUUGACGGCCCAGUGGAAUUCCAGGCACGCCACAAGGGCCACAAGGGGCGCGUGUACAUCUCGACCAAGGCGACAAUACCCGUCGUAGCGUUCAGUACGGAUGUCAAGUCUGACUUGGAAAAGAUCGAAGCAGAGCACGUCCAUCCUGCCUGGAGCAUUGCGGUGGCGGAUAUUGUGGAGCUAAAGAAGAUCGGCGGGUAUGGAUGGAAGGCGAAGCUGGUGGUAGGGUGGUCGAUGGGCAAGGAGAUUGCGGAUGGACUGGAAAUCGUGACGAGCCAAGGGGAUACGGUGAAGGUCACGGCAUGCCCGCUGAGAGACGAGCUAUUUAACCGACUUGUUGCCAUGGGUGGACAGAAAUGGGAGGCGUGGUAA